AUGGGGUAUAUUAGCCCACAUACUGUGGAGGGUGUGGAGAUUAAGGGUCCUGUCCAGGAGCCCUGCACCCUGACCCUAGCCCAGAGGAACGGGCAGUAUGAGUUAAUAAUCCAGUUGCACGGGAAGGAACAGCAUGUUCAAGAUAUCAUUCCUAUAAAUAGCCACUUUAGAUGUGUUCAAGAAGCAGAAGAAAAUCUUUUGAUUGAUAUAGCUUCAAACAGUGGCUGCAGAAUUCGGGUUCAGGGGGACUGGACCAGAGAGCGCCACUUUGAAAUCCCUAAUGAGGAACGCCGUUUGAAGUUCCUGUCAGAGGUCCUUGCUGCCCAAGAAGCACAUUCACAACUUCUUGUUCCAGAACAAAAGGACUCAUCCAGCUGGUACCAGAAAUUAGACACUAAGCAUCCACCUUCUCGUUUUUCAGGGCUUCUUGGAUUUGAGGAUAAUUUUUCAAUUAUGAAUUUGGAGAAGAAAAAUUCACAAAGUCAGCCUAUUGGGGUUCACCGGGAACCUCCACCCCCACCCCCUUCAGUGAGCAGAAUGCUUCCACGUGACAAAGAAGCUACUAACAAGGAACAGCCCAAAGUGACCGAUACCAUGCGAAAGCUCUUUGUACCAAAUAACCAGUCUGGGCAGCGGGAAGGUCUCAUCAAACAUAUCCUGGCAAAGCGAGAGAAAGAGUAUGUCAACAUUCAGACUUUCAGAUUUUUUGUUGGAACUUGGAAUGUGAAUGGCCAGUCUCCUGAUAGUGGGUUAGAACCUUGGCUGAACUGUGAUCCGGAUCCUCCUGAUAUCUACUGCAUUGGAUUCCAAGAGCUGGACUUGAGCACAGAAGCAUUUUUCUACUUUGAAUCCAUCAAAGAACAAGAAUGGUCCCUGGCUGUGGAAAGGGCUUUGCAUUCCAAAGCCAAGUACAAGAAAGUUCAACUAGUUCGCCUUGUUGGAAUGAUGCUCAUGAUCUUUGCCAGAAAGGAUCAGUGGCAGUAUAUCUGUGAUGUUGCUACAGAAACAGUUGGAACCGGAGUCAUGGGGAAAAUGGGAAACAAAGGUGGGGUAGCAGUGAGGUUUGUAUUUCACAAUACUACGUUUUGUAUUGUCAAUUCCCACCUGGCUGCCCAUGUGGAGGACUUCGAGAGAAGGAAUCAAGAUUAUAAGGACAUCCGUGCACGAAUGAGUUUUGUGGUCCCAAAUCAGGCCCUCCCGCAGCUGAACAUCAUGAAACAUGAUGUGGUCAUCUGGUUGGGAGAUUUGAACCUUCCGAGACUCCUGAAAUUUGAUCAGCUAAAUAUUCAGCGCACACAGAAAAAGGCUUUUGCUGACUUCACUGAAGGGGAAAUCAGGUUUAUCCCCACUUAUAAGUAUGACUCCAAAACAGACCGAUGGGAUUCCAGUGGGAAAUGUCGGGUUCCAGCCUGGUGUGACCGAAUUCUUUGGAGAGGAACAAAUGUUAAUCAGCUUCAUUACCGGAGUCACAUGGAACUAAAAACCAGUGACCACAAGCCUGUUAGCGCCCUCUUCCUUAUUGGGGUGAAGGUUGUUGAUGAACGGAGGUAUCGGAAAGUAUUUGAAGAUAGUGUACGCAUUAUGGACAGAAUGGAAAAUGAUUUCCUUCCUUCCUUAGAAAUCAGCAGGAGGGAGUUUGUGUUUACCAAUGUGAAGUUUCGGCAACUACAAAAGGAGAAGUUCCGUAUCACCAACAAUGGACAGGUUCCCUGUCAUUUUUCUUUCAUCCGAAAGCUUAAUGACAGCCAAUACUGCAAGCCAUGGCUUCGGGCUGAACCUAAUCAGGGCUACUUGGAGCCAAAUGAGACAGUAGACAUUUCCCUUGAUGUGUAUGUCAGCAAAGACUCUGUGACCAUCCUGAACUCAGGGGAAGAUAAAAUUGAAGAUAUUCUUGUCCUUCACCUGAAUGGAGGCAAAGAUUACUUUUUGACCAUCAGUGGAAAUUACCUCCCCAGUUGUUUUGGUACAUCCUUAGAGGCUUUGUGCCGAAUGAAAAGACCAAUUCGAGAAGUUCCUGUUACCAAACUCAUAGACUUGGAAGAAGACAGCUUCCUAGAAAAGGAGAAAUCUCUUCUGCGGAUGGUUCCCUUGGAUGAAGGCACCAGUGAGAGACCCCUUCAGGUCCCCAAGGAGAUCUGGCUUCUGGUAGAUCACUUAUUCAGAUAUGCCUGUCACCAGGAGGACCUGUUCCAAACCCCUGGAAUGCAGGAAGAGUUACAGCAGAUCAUAGACUGCCUGGAUACCAGCCUUCCUGAGAAAAUCCCUGGCAGUAAUCACUCUGUGGCUGAAGCUCUGCUAAUUUUCCUGGAAGCCCUGCCAGAGCCCGUCAUCUGUUAUGAGCUGUAUCAGCGUUGCCUUGACUCUGCUCAGGAUCCCCGGGUUUGCAGACAGGUGAUUUCCCAGCUUCCAAGAUGCCAUAGAAAUGUUUUCCGUUACUUGAUGGCUUUCCUUCGAGAACUCUUAAAAUUCUCUGAAUACAACAAUGUCAGUGCCAACAUGAUCGCUACUCUCUUCACAAGUCUUCUCCUAAGACCUCCACCUAACUUGUUGGCAAGACAGACUGCAAGUGAACGCCAGCGUGCUAUCCAGUUCCUUUUGGGUUUCCUGCUGGGGGGCGAUGAAGACCAGUAAGCCCUUUCUCUUAACUACACUCCAAGAUUCUAGAGGUGGAAGAUCUUGGACACCAAGUAUUUCAGAGUGAUUUGCAAAGUCAUGUCACAGGAAGGGUCUAUUGCAGAAUUUUGAGGCAUGAAAAAGGAAGAGUUUCCUAAUCCCUCCCUUGCCAUAUCCUACACAGUAAAGUACUAUUAGACUUAUAUUGCCAAGCCAAAGUUACCAUAUUUUGGUGUUUUUGUGUUCUCUCUUUAUAAGACAAAGAGUUCUGUAUUUACACACCUUUACCUGGGGAUGUGUUUGUUGCCCCCUGCCCAGCUGUCAUGAUUGUCCUUAGCACCCUAGGCCUAGAUUCUGUGAUGUUCCUGUUCUAGGCCUACAAGCACUACUUGGUGUAGCUCAGACUUGUGUGUAGUCCUUCCUCUAAAGCACUUUUGCCCUACCAUCCCCACUUUGCCUCUUUGCACUCUACUAGUGCUAUCACAUCGGAGGAAGUCAGAGUGAGGCUAGUGACUCCUUGGGUGUCCCCAACAGUGAGUUAUCGUUCUACGUGUUUUUGUUACAUGCAUUUGUGCAUUUCUACUACAGCGGUAUCCAUAUGUCUCUGUAACAUUGGCCUUUUCAUGGAUCUGCACUGAGUGGAACCAUAUUCUCUUGUCUCAGACCUCAUUUUGUAGCAGAACUUUAGGACUAUUAGAAGUAACAUUCCAUUGAUGUGAGAGAAUAAGAGUAGAAGCACUUUGAGUAUUCACAAGUGAAAACAUUCAUGUUUGACAGGUCCUGCUUCCUACCAUCCCUUCUCUUUUUCAAAUUUUACAUGAGAACUAUGGGACCCAUCUCCCACUUAGAAACACUUACACCACAUUAACAAAGCUAGUCUGCACCUUAAGCAGGCCUUUCUAGAGAUAUUUCUCCUUUCCCUCAGCAAGAGUACUGAGGAUUGAGGAUCAUUCUGGGAACCCCUUCACUAGUCUCCUGACGUACAAGGGGCCAGUGUCGCCCCCUCCCUCAUCAAGGCUGACUGGACUGUACAGCCAGCUCCCUUUGGCUCCUAGCCACUUUGUCCAGUGCUGUUUAAGAGAGAUUGUGCAAUGGGGCCAGCUAAGCACCUUUCUCUGCCACUCAAGACAAUCCUCUGCACUCUUCAUUUACUCAAGCCCUGUAGGGCAGCCUUUAAAAAAAAAAUAAUCUAUGUCGGUUGGCAAACCAGCUACUGACUGCAAAAUUACCUGAUACAAUUGGCUUUCUCUUGUUUUCUUUCAUUAAAACCACCCUGACUCAACUUACUCUUGCCUGUUACUAUUAAAUUCAAGGAGCCUAAUGGACAGGCAUUGUGUCCAGUGUUAAGCAUUGACUCUUAACUCUGGCACAUCAAAGGAGAGAGCCAAGAGAAACAGCACAACUGAAUGGUUCUCCAGUUCCACCAUCUCUUAUAACUUGAGGUUUUUGGGGAAAGAAAACAUACAUACCUUGUGAUAGACUGGUUAAACCCUUUCCUGUCUGGGACUUACGGUACUAGGAAUCAAAUUAUUGGUGCCAAAUAUCUACACAUCUGAUAGAUUAAAGGCUGGGUGUUGAUGUAGUCAACGGAAGAUGGUGAACAGAACACUUUUGUCAUCCCUACUAGGCCAGAAAGCCAUCACAGGUGAGGCAUAUUAUAGAAGCUGGGCAAGGUCAUAACACAAAGAUAGGGCAGUGCCUGUCCUGGGAACUGUGUGCAGCAUCCUAACUCUUUCCUCAUAAGGCAAAUGCACUUAGUUCAUUGCCUCAACCUUUUUCCAGCUCUGGUCCUGAGAUGUACUCAUGGUUGAGAGUUUUAGACAAUCUCUAGGUAGAGGAGACAAGAAAUAGAGCAGACAUAAGAUAUCUGCCUCCCUACAGUGCCUCUAGCACCCCAACCUCUGAUUCCUAAGUACCUCCAAUGUAUUAGUGACUAACACCUCUGAAGUAAGGAGUUCAGAUCUAACUGUUAGGGAAUGACUGCAUCUUUGGUUUUAGGGAAGAAACAGUUCAAACUCAUGUGGUAAUGUUGCAUUAGUCUCCCUUUCACUGUUUUCUGAUUCUUAUUCUGUAAUUGUUUGUUACAUUUCUCAAACAUGUUUUGGUCACUAAGCAAAGCUGCUAGUGGGAUUCUGUAUUUUGUGUCAUCUUUUUUUAUUAUAAUUUAUUGCAAAUUUUUUUCUGAAUAAAUAUAUGUUGUGUGAAAAA